AAUGUCUGCCAAGGCGGAAGCCAGUCGGGAUGAGGCGUUGUUGUUAGAGCUUUCUCGAGUCAAACAGUCUCAGCAUAGAAUUGAACGAUAAUAAAACAAAUCAGAAGUCUGAUCCUUGAAGUUUACGAGUUUAAUAUGGAUACGAAGGAAGAUCCUGUUGCACAACGGUCGGGUACGGAUCAGCGGAAGGUGCGUUCCCGGGAUGCGGCACGCUGCCGACGGAGUCAGGAGACGGAGCUGUUCUACGAGCUGGCCCACACCCUGCCCCUCCCCCGCAGAGUCUCCGCCGACCUGGACAAGGCCGCCAUCAUGAGGGUGACGCUCAGCUUCCUUCGCAUGCACCACCUCCGCUCAGCAGGGGACACGAGUGAGGAGCGCGUCACAGAUGGGGACGAGGACACGAUGGAUGGGUUCUACCCCCGGGCGCUGGCAGGUUUCAUCAUGGUGAUGACCGAGGAGGGGGAUAUGAUUUACCUGGGUGACAGCGUCGACAAACACCUGGGCAUCCAACAGCUGGAGUUGCUGGGUCAGAGUGUGUAUGACUUUGUCCACCCAUGUGACCAAGAGGAGCUACGGGAUCUCCUGGUGCCUAGGCCAGGUGUAUUCAAGAAGAAACCAGUGCAGCAACACACAGAGAUUACCUUCUUUCUUAGGAUGAAGAGCACUCUGACUGUUAGAGGGCGCACUGUCAACAUAAAGUCUGCCACCUGGAAGGUGCUGCACUGUACAGGCCACAUGCGUGUGUUCUCCAGUGACGAGGAUUCGUCACCCCCUGCAGGCAGCUUCAUGACGGUGCUGUGUGAGCCCAUCCCCCACCCGUCAAGUGUGGAGUUCCCUCUGGACCGCAGUACCUUCCUCACUCGACACAGCAUGGACCUGCGCUUCACACACUGCGAGGGCAGGGUGGCAGAGCUAGUGGGAUACGAGCCAGAAGAUCUGAUUGGCAAAUCUGCCUACGAAUUCCAUCAUGCCCUGGACUCGGAUCAUGUGACCAAGAGCCUGCACAUCCUUCUAUCUAAAGGCCAGGUGUGCACCAGCCAAUACCGUUUUCUGGCUAAGAGUGGGGGCUUCGUGUGGGCAGAGACCCAGGCUACAGUCAUCUACAACAACAAGACCUCUCAACCAGAGGCUGUGGUCUGUCUUAACUUUAUCCUCAGUGUGGUGGAGCAGGCAGAUGUGGUGUUCUCAGUAGAGCAGACUGGCUGUGGGCUGAAGAGUGAUCCUGUCUCUGAGGCCUCAGAGGAGACUUUGUGUGACAGUGACAACAGCAGCAGUGGAGAGCUCUUCCAACAGCUGAAGGAGAACCCAGAGGACCUCCUCCAACUGGCCCCUGUCUCUGGAGACCCCAUCGUACCCCUCACAGACUUUGCGGAGCUGUCGUUCAGCCUUCCAUCAAGCCCUGACUCCGCCCCAGUUUUCCCACAGGACCUGUGCACCCCCGAGCUGUGGACGCUCCUCUCACCCAUAUUCGACAAGCCCACCUCAUCAUCACCAACACCAGCACUGAUCCCCAUUGAGGAGCUGCCAAUAGAGGAUGAGGUGGAGAAGUUGUUUGCCGUCUGUCCAGAAGAGGUCAUGCAGAAGGAAGACCAGCCUGAGGAUGUGGAAGUGGUUGAUCUGGACAUGCUGGCACCGUAUAUCUCCAUGGAUGAUGAUUUCCUGCUCAGCGUCCAGCUCCCUGGGAUCCCUGACAGCCCCUCCCCAGAGCCCCCCACUGCUACCAGGAAACGGAGCCAUGAGCAGGAUGAAGACAUGCCCUCCCAGCUGAUGAGUCAGGACAAGAGACUGAGACACUCUGUGUCCCCCAUCGAGCAGGAACUGCUUCUCAGCUACACCCUAUUGGACUGCCUGGAGGAUACAGAUAGCCCAGAGUUGGAGCUGGGGCCACACCCCCACAGGCGGAGUCAACUGCUGACGGACAGAGACCCCAUCCUCGGGGAAGCCCAGGGACGAUGUGACACCGCAGCCUUGAUGAGGGACCUCUUCUUGUCCCGCCCACCUGACCCCCUGACCUCUUCUCUGACUUGAGGAAGUAGCUGCCAAUCAUCCCCUGCCAGCUGCGGAGUUCUGCGAUCACAGCGCCUCAACAGCAUUCACACACUCCCCAACCAGACGCGCGCAUUCUCUCUGCCAGCGCCUCCAACUCAGAGACUUCGUCACGCUGGCCAACUAUGUCCACAACAACAGCCUGCUAUGGUUUUCUGCGAGGAUGCCUGUAGCUUAAACCUUGUUAUUCCUCUUCUCUCCACUCUUGUAUGUCUCAUGUUCUAGGGGGUAGGUGGCAGUACUAGGUUUAGCCCCCUCCACCUCUCAUUCAGGGUUGAUAAAGGUGUUCUCCUCAGUUCUUGCGAACACUUGUAGACUUUAGUCUAAACACUACACUUGACCCAAUGGUGCUUCCGAAGUCAGAACAGACUCAAACAACAACACGCACAAAUCAAGCCUAAGACACACACGUCCAGUAAAUCUGAGAGUGGUGUUUUAGAACACAGCGACGACCCUUCAGUUGGUGUACUCUUCUUCAGUACGGUAUGUGGACCUGGCAGUCUGUACGGGACCUUUGGGUUUAUUAUUAUGAUAUUAUUUUGUAACAAACGCACAACGGUUAUAAGAUAUUCCAAUAUUACCUCAGAACGAUCGUCUAUGGGUCAUUUUUUUUAUAAGGAAGGAUCAAAUGAAUGACUAACAUCCCAAGCCAUUGCUAUUGAGCAGUUGGGUGCAGUACUCAGGCAGUUGUUACCUCAAUAGAUCAGCAGUAUGCCGCGUACUCGACUGCCAUCUCUUUCCAACCAAACACACAAAUUAUUUCAGUGGCAUCUUUUUACUUGGUAUUUUUAUAUACUUUACAUGCUAGACUUUAGGGGAAAAAAAACAUGUAUUAAAUGAAUGUUUUGUCUGCUCGCUUAUGGACGACUAUUGUAUAAACCGCAAUGGUUUUGUUGCUUUUAUCAUGUAUUUCUAGGUGGUGAAAGAUCUUGUCAUUUAAGUAGAAAUGAUUUCUUUUCGGAAUAUGGUUGCUGUUUUGCAAAUUCAGUGGAUAAAAUAUCUGACAUCUGCCUUUUGCGCAUUCAUUUCACAUACUGUAGAAAUUCUUACUUCUUAUCAAUUACUCCCACGUUGUCAUUAUUAUGAAUCAAUCGUUUAAAGAAUGCGAAAGAGAGAAAGAUAAUUGGUUUGAAGCGCACAUAGGAUUUAUUUUACCUGCAUGAGUAUUGCAUUUGCAAUAAUGAAAUGAUCCCAUGGCGGCAUUAGGUUCAUCUCUAUAGAUUCAUCAGAAUGUGUUAAGUAUCAUUUGUCUACCCUGUACGAUGAAGGAAGCAACGUAGCCUUGUCACCUGUACGCUCUGUAGUGUAAACCUUGAACCUCCAUAUAUUUCUAAGAGUAUUAUGUUUUUGGGGUGCCAUUUGAGCUUUUUA